CAAGCAACUGGCUCUAAAGAGGCCCUGCCAGUAGUUAGUCAUGAACUGUGAGGGUCACACAUAGCUACCCCACCAGGCGAUCUACUCUCAGUCUUCCUGAGUCCUAGGCUAUUGAGGACAAGUAGCUUGGUCUGCUCUUUGUCAAGGGUAGCUGUGACACUGGUUUGCUGUUGCUGCUGCUGCUGCUGCUGCUGCUGCUGCUGCUGCUGCUGCUGCUGCUGCUUCUGUAUCCUCUUUGGGAAAUCAGACUCAUAAAACUGCCACCCAUUCGAGGUUCUCAAAGCAGAGCCAUCUACCUGGAGCAUGAAGCUUCCAAAAGCCCAGCUCUGGCUAAUACUGCUGUGGGCAUUGGUGUGGGUGCAGAGUACAAGAUCUGCGUGCCCGUCCUGUGGGGGCCCAACACUGGCACCCCAAGGAGAACGCGCUCUGGUCCUGGAGCUAGCCAAGCAGCAAAUCCUGGAGGGACUGCACCUAACCAGCCGUCCCAGAAUAACUCGGCCUCUGCCCCAGGCAGCACUGACCAGAGCCCUCCGGAGACUGCAGCCCAAGAGCAUGGUCCCUGGCAACCGAGAGAAAGUCAUCAGCUUUGCUACCAUCAUAGACAAAUCCACUUCAACCUACCGCUCCAUGCUCACCUUCCAGCUGUCCCCUCUUUGGUCCCACCACCUGUACCAUGCCCGCCUCUGGCUGCAUGUGCCUCCCUCUUUUCCGGGCACUCUGUACCUGAGGAUCUUCCGUUGCGGCACCACUAGGUGCCGAGGAUUCCGCACCUUCCUAGCUGAGCACCAAACCACUUCCUCUGGCUGGCACGCCCUGACUCUGCCCUCUAGCGGCUUGCGGAGUGAGGACUCUGGCGUCGUGAAACUCCAACUGGAAUUUAGACCCCUGGACCUUAACAGCACCGCUGCGGGACUGCCACGGCUGCUCUUGGACACAGCGGGACAGCAACGUCCCUUCUUGGAACUUAAGAUCCGAGCUAAUGAACCUGGAGCAGGUCGGGCCAGGAGGAGGACUCCCACCUGUGAGCCUGAGACCCCCUUAUGUUGUAGGCGAGACCACUAUGUAGACUUCCAGGAGCUGGGGUGGCGGGAUUGGAUCCUGCAGCCGGAGGGAUACCAGCUGAAUUACUGCAGUGGGCAGUGCCCGCCCCACCUGGCUGGCAGUCCUGGCAUUGCUGCCUCCUUCCAUUCUGCCGUCUUUAGCCUCCUCAAAGCCAACAACCCUUGGCCUGCGGGUUCUUCCUGCUGUGUCCCCACUGCACGAAGGCCUCUCUCUCUCCUCUACCUUGACCAUAAUGGCAAUGUGGUCAAGACCGAUGUGCCAGACAUGGUAGUAGAGGCCUGUGGCUGCAGCUAGCAACAGGGCCUGAAGGUUCUGGGUGAAGUUCAAGGUUCAAGUUGGGGGUUCCCACGUGUCUGGAAGCUCGAGUUCCGGAUCCAUACUGACACCCAAUAAGCUGUGUAGCAGUAUGCCUGGGUUUGACCCCUAUGGAACUUAAAUGGGCGUUUUCUUGUCCCAGAUUCUGGCCUAUUUCAGGCUGUUUCAAAUGUGGACAGAUGGGUAAAGCGUUGCCUUUCAAGGGACUGCCUGGCCAGCACCAUUUUCUACAUCAAGCCCUGUUCCAGGACAGCAGGGAUGCCGUGGGAGGGAAGGAAGAACACAGGGAGAAACUAUUUAGUCUCUCCCGAGAAAGAAGUUCCUCAAGUAAUGAAGGCGGAAGUAGAAGGGUGGGCAGAUUAGGAAAAGACAAACAUACAGGCUAAGAACAGGGUGCAUUGCCUGCUUUGACAAGGUCAAGAGGAAGAGGAGCAGGCGCCGAGGAAGGAGGGGUGUCGGGGUCCCUGGAAUCGAGAAUCAGUAAAAAGGGGUGCUGAACUCGUAAGUUCUUAGGCUUCCCCCUCGAGGACAGGACCCACGCGGGUGACAUACAUUUUAUAUUUUCUUAAUAAAAAGGAGAAAGAAAAGCACCAGAGAAUUGUGUAAGGGGUUGUUAAAAUGGGCCAGAAGCGAAGUGUGGUUUGGGGACCUCUGUGCCCCAGCGGGUUUCUGAGACUUUCUCAGGGGUUUUCAAGACUAUUUUCAUAAUCACACUGAGAUGUUAUUUAUCAUUUGCUACCAUUAUCUUUACAUUGUACAGUGGGAACAGGGUGUGGUGGCUUACACUUAUAACUACAGCACCGUGAGUUCAAGACCGGCCUUCAUAGUGAAUUC